GGAAAACCCCCGGUAUAGAUAUCUGCAUUACUUUUCAAAGUUGCUACUGUAUUUAUACUUAACCGUUCUUAUUAUCACCUAUUAUGUGCAAUUACAUCUUGAAUAUUGUUUUUAUGUGUGCAUGUGUUUGUGAUUUACCUCUGAAGACUUGAGGAUUUAGGUUAAGUGUGUUAACUGUUAGUGUGGAUAUGGACACAUGACUCAGAAGAGGACUCGAGGAAGAUGGAACGUGAACAUACACUUUCAACCACACCGCUGACAGAGGAUCACUACAGAUGUUCAGUGUGUAGCGAGGUCUUCAAGAAUCCAGUUUCUAUUCCCUGUGGACACAGUUACUGCAAACACUGCAUUGAGAUCUACUGGAGCAAACCAACUCAAGCUGAAUGUUACGCUUGUCCUCAGUGCAGAAAGAGGUUCAGAGAUCGGCCUGUGUUAAAUGUGAACGUUGCUUUAGCUAAACUGAUAGAAGAGCGGCAGCGGGCUGGGUUUAGUCCUGCUCUUCCUGAUCACUGCUAUGCUAGACCUAAAGAUGUGCUCUGCAACAUGUCAUGUGACAUUAAGACCACCAGAAUAUCCAGAGCAGUAAAAAUAAUUCAAGAUGAAAUAUUGACAGCAACGGUGACUAAACAAAAAUCGACCUUGAAAGACAGGGACGUACAGGGAAAACGUGUAUGUAAAGGGUUCGAAGUUCAAUGUAAAGGUGAAUAUCUUGCUAUGUUUUUUAACUGCAUAAUCUUUGUAGGACAAUAAGGGUUUUUAAAAGAAAAUUUUGUGUUAUCUGGUUU